CUCAGCCUGUCACCACGUUGCCAUAAUACUCUUGUUUACAUUGGUGGACGGUUGAGCCAAUCAAAUACGAGCAUUUAGUUGAAAAAAUGAUUUUGAGCAUACAAAAUUUCGUGUUUUUUUCCGCGUUUACGUGUGUUUUGUGUGUUAUACCUGGUUACAUAAAAGUGUGCAGUUCGAGCGAAAAAGAUCUGGACAAAUGCAUAAUAAACUCCAUAGACGAGUUGAGGCCGAAAUUGAGGGAGGGAAUAGAGGAACUGAAUGUUCCUUCCAUCGAACCUCUGACGUUGGAUGAGGUGAAGCUGCGCAGCGGUCCUAGAGCGGCCAAAAUCGAUGCCAACAUAACGAAUUUGAGGGUCUGGGGUGCAUCCGAUUUCCAAAUAUUGUCGCUAGAGCCAAAUUUAAACAAAAACAAAUUUGUUUUUAAAGCCACCAUUCCAUCUUUAUAUUUUGAGGGCGAUUAUGAUAUUGAUAUGAAUUUGUUACUCCUAAAGUUCAAGGGUCAAGGUCCCAUCCAAGGAAAUUUCUCCGACUACACAUUUGACUGCGUCUUGCGUGGCAAACGCAUCAACAAAAACGGGGCUCAGUACCUAGAGUUCCGCAAGAUGGCGCUGCGACUGAACAUAGGCCCGAAAUCCCUCAUAAGGCUGGGAAAUUUGUUCUCUCAGGACCCGCAAAUAGCCAAGGCCACCAAUCAAGUGAUAGAGGAAAACAGCGACAUCUUUGUGGAGGAAAUCAAACCGGCUUUGGAAAAUUCACUCUCACAGAAGUUUACGGAUAUCGCGAACCAGAUCACCACUAGGUUUACUUUUAAAGAACUGUUUCCUUAGGGAGUAUUUUUAUUUUUUUCUAUAUUAGAAAGGAUUUUUUUUUAAUAAUUU